AAGCCGACUCCUCCAUUCUCUCUUUCGCUCUCUCUUUGUUCACCUGGUUCUUUUUUCUCCUCUCAGACCAGGUUGGUUACCCUCCCUUCGACUCUCUCUCUCUCUCUCUCUCUCUCCCAAAACAAUACAAAUACAAGCGCUAAACAGUGUAAAAUUCUCCACUUGAGAGGAGGAGUUGGGAGGGGUAAAUUCCGGAAAGGAGAAAAAUGAACGGUGGAGAUUUGACGAGUCAACAACAGCAGCAUCCGCAUCAGCAUCAGCAGCAGCAACAGCAGCAGCAGCAUCAUCAGCAGUGGAUGGCGAUGCAGCAGCAAUGGAUGUCCAUGCACAUGCAGUAUCCGGCUGCUGCUAUGGUGAUGCAGCAGCAAAUGAUGUAUGACCGGCAAUACGUGCCGGCGGCGGCUUACUAUCAUCACCAACUCUAUCAACAGCAGCACCAACUCUAUCAACAACAGCCGCAGCACAAGCAGCAGAGUCAGAUUCAAAAUUCCAGCGAAGAGAACCGCACGAUCUGGAUUGGCGAUCUCCAGCAGUGGAUGGAUGAAGCUUAUCUUCAGUCUUGCUUCUCUCAGGCCUCGGAGCUUAUUUCUGUCAAAGUCAUUCGCAAUAAGCAGACUGGUCAGUCAGAGCGAUAUGGAUUUGUGGAAUUUAGUUCUCAUGCAGCAGCUGACAAAGUCCUUCAGAGCUACAAUGGCUCACCAAUGCCAAAUACAGAACAAGUCUUCCACCUUAACUGGGCAGCCUUUAGCAUGGGUAAUAGGCGCCAAGAAGCUGGUGCUGUUGAUCUGUCAAUAUUUGUUGGAGAUUUGGCUGCUGAUGUUACUGAUUCGUUAUUGCAUGAAACUUUUGCCAGUAGAUUUCCAUCUGUAAAAGGUGCAAAAGUAGUAGUUGAUCCGAACACUGGCCGCUCAAAGGGUUAUGGCUUUGUUCGGUUUGCAGAUGAGAAAGAAAGAACUCAGGCAAUGACUGAAAUGAAUGGUGCAUAUUGUUCUAGUAGGCCAAUGAGGAUUGGUGUUGCUACCCCCAAGAAGGCGUCACCGCAGCAACAGUAUUCUUCCCAAGCGGUAGUAUUGGCUGGAGGAUAUCCAUCAAAUGGUGUUGUGCCACAAGGUUCGCAGUCUGACAGUGAUUCGUCAAAUACAACAAUUUUUGUGGGAGGACUUGAUUCUGAUGUAACUGAUGAAGAAUUGAGAGAGUCCUUCAGUCAGUUUGGUGAAGUAGUUUCAGUGAAAAUACCUUCAGGAAAAGGAUGCGGUUUUGUACAAUUCUCUAAUAGAAGCAAUGCUGAAGAUGCAAUGCAGAGACUGAAUGGAGCUGCUAUUGGCAAACAGAUGGUGCGUCUAUCUUGGGGUCGGAAUCCUGUAAACAAGCAGUUGAGAAUGGACUCUAGCUACCAAUUGAACGGCAGUAAUUAUGGAAGGCAAGGUCAAAAUGGUUACGGGUAUCCCAUGCCGCAGUAUGCAGCUGCUGCAAAUGGUGCGGCUUCAAAUGGUCAUGGGGGCUACCAGCAGCCUGUCAACUGAACUUCGCUGUGUGCCAUGCCAAUAGUCAUAAAGACUUACAAUUUAGGGGGAAUUUGCUAUCUUAAAGAUUACAUCUGUAAUACGUUGAAUUUUGUAGCUGAUUUGAUUUUACUUUUUAUAGACAUCCCAGAUUUUGUCUAAGAAAAUCUGAUCAAGGAGGCUUAGGAGGCCGGCACGAUGGUUGCGUUGGCCAAAACCAGCUUUUAUUCUUUUACAGUAGAUGAGUGCUAGUAAACAAAUGAACUUUUAUUUAAUCUGAAAGAUAGAUCCAUGUGAGAUUUAUAAAUAACUAGCAGGCCAGCUCCUUUUAGCUUUGCUGCAGGUGUUACCUCAAUCUGCCAUGGAAGUAAUGGCUUAAUAGAAAGGUGAGGGGCUGGAAUGCUAUAAUUCCGGAAGAUAUCAUUCGUCUUCCCUGGGGUUCAACGCCUUCUUAUUCCUGUCUCUAUUCUGCAGUAUAGUCUAAGUUUGCGAGAUUGAUAAAGCCUAGCAGGAAUCAGAUCGGUUUAUAAGAGGCAGCUGCUUUUAGAACAUAACGCUGAAAGGGAUGCGGUUGCUUAAUAUAAUGAAUGCAUAAGCUCGGGAGAGCUCCUGAAGAAGAAUUUCUGAAUCCCGCUUUUUGUUGAAUGAACAGUGGCUCUUGGUCUUGUUCUUCAAAGAUUUAUAGGAAAAAAGAGAGUCCUGAACUGGCACCUGUCUAUCUCUUCCACUGGGUUGAGUUUUACACGUUCAUGCGCCCACUUUUGAUCCAUGGUGUGUACGAGUGGGUUUCCAUUUUACUGGUUUAUUAGGUGUCAAUGAACAAGGUGGGUCAUGAAGAUUGCGCCUAACUAAUAUUUCUCUGGUUUUGUUCAACGAAUGAUGAGUUGGCAUUGGUCCAUAGGGGUUUCAAAGUGUUAAA